CGCACUGUUUUUCUUUCAUCUCCAGCAUUUGAUGCCAGAAACAGUAACCAUCACCGAGCCCUAAGGAUCAAAUUUCCCCCUUUCCAAACACCCAAUUACUUUCUCUCCCUUCUCUAUUCCAUGGCCUCGUAAGAACCCCUCUCCCAAUUCCAAACAUUUUCAGCACAGUCCACAAUUUCCACCAUCCCCCAACAUGUCCUUCGCAACAACAACAACUGCAGUUACUACCUCACCCACAAUUCAGUCCCCCUCCUCCGAUGAUAUCAUCGACGCCACCCCGUUUCUCUCAUCUCCCACUAGUGGUUCCCGCGAGGAGCCCGACAACAGCGCCGCUAAUCGCCGAUCUGUGAGGCGCCAGAGCUUGCGAGAGGCGGCGCGGUUUCUGCGACGAGCCAGUAGUCGUCGGAUGAUGCGGGAACCGUCCAUGCUUGUUCGGGAGACUGCCGCGGAGCAGCUCGAGGAGCGCCAGAGCGACUGGGCGUACUCGAAACCUGUUGUGAUUCUGGAUAUCAUUUGGAACUUUGCUUUCGUGGCGGUGGCUGCUGUGUUUCUUUUUUUGGGCAGGAACGAGCACCCCAACACGCCGCUGAGGCUGUGGAUUGUUGGGUAUGUGUUGCAGUGCUUGUUGCAUAUGGCCUGUGUUUGCGUGGAAUACAGGAGGAGGAGACGGCGUGUUGUUCAAAGGCCUUUAAAUUCUGGGGAAGAAGGAGGUUUGAGCGCCAGUCUGAGUGGGGAUUCUGAGCAGUACGUCUCAUUGGCGCAUCUGCAAGAGGACAGUGCGAGCACAUUCAGCAAGAUUGCAAAGCAUCUGGAAUCAGCAAACACAAUGUUUUCAUUCAUCUGGUGGAUCAUUGGAUUCUACUGGGUAUCUGCAGGUGGCCAAAUUUUAGCGCGUGGUUCCUCUCUGCUUUACUGGCUUUGUAUAAUAUUUCUUGGUUUCGAUGUCUUCUUUGUCGUCUUCUGUAUUGCACUGGCAUGCAUCAUUGGUAUUGCUGUUUGCUGUUGUCUUCCAUGCAUUAUUGCCGUCUUGUAUGCUGUGGCAGAUCAGCAGGAAGGAGCGUCCAAGGAGAAUAUUGAUCAGCUACCAAAAUUCAAAUUUAGAAAGAUUAGUGAUGAUGAGAAAAUCACUGGUAAUGUUCAGAAACCUCCUGGAGGUAUAAUGACUGAAUGUGGUACGGAUUCCCCCAUUGAACACAUAGUUUCGCUGGAAGAUGCAGAAUGUUGCAUCUGCCUUUCUGCUUAUGAUGAUGGAGUGGAGCUAAGAGAACUCCCUUGUGGUCACUACUUUCACUGUGCCUGUGUAGAUAAAUGGCUGUACAUCAAUGCUACCUGCCCUCUUUGCAAGUACAACAUCUUAAAGGGUGGUAGACAGGAGGAAGUCUAGAAGAAUUUGAUCACAUGUCACCAGCAUCUCCAAAUGAUUCUUGCUUGCGGUCAUUAAAUUGCACAGCAUGUCAUGUAGAAUGCACCUAGGCUAUCCUAUUUUUGGUCAGUUGUGGAGUAGAUGUGACAAUGCUGUGGUGCUUGUUUAAGCUCGGGUCUUCAAUCCAGUUGUGUCUAAAUUGGUUCUGCCCAUGGCAUAUUAGCACCAACCCGUUGUAAAUUUUUCAUUUUACUUGAUCAUGAUGUACCCUUGGCAAAAUGGAACAGGAAUGCCUUCUACUUGUCUGGGAAUUAUGCUUUGUAAAGUGUUUUGGAAAAUCUCUAUUGAAGUGAGGUUUUGUGAAGUUUAUAUAAGCUUAAUAAUGCAUAUUCCAGAAU